AAUAUGAAGCUUCUUUAACCAUAUAAAGAUAUUUAUAAAGUUUAACCUACACAAAUGUUAAAAAAAAAAAAACAUUUUACAAAAAAAAAGUUUAUAAUAAAUUGGUGAGAAAUAAAAGGAAGUAUUGGAUACAGUCUACACGUUCUUCUGCUUCACUCUAAUACUUGUGCGCCCUUCUCUUCUUUGUCUUCUUCCUCAAAUUUGCUUCGUUCACUUUCAGAUUCUCUCACCAGACACGAACUCCAGAUUCAUCCCGACAAUGGAAACAUUCCAUCUCCUCCUUUUUCUUUCCCACUUUCUCUUCUUCACGACGUACACCACGCUUACCUCAGCAAAAUCUCAGAUCGUUGACUGUACAAUGUGCACUUCUUGUGACAACCCUUGUCAGCCGAACCUCUCUCCUCCGCCUCCGACUCCAUCUCCUCCGCCUCCAGCCACCACCACCACCACUGCUUGUCCUCCGCCUCCUAGAUCCGGCGGUAGUGGUGGUGGUCCUUACUACUACUACCCACCUCCUUCUCAGUCUGGCUCUUACCGUCCACCACCAUCUUCUUCCGGCGAUGGUGGCUACUAUUAUCCGCCGCCGAAAAGUGGAGGGAACUACAACCCCUAUACGCCGCCGCCAAACCCAAUCGUUCCGUACUUUCCGUUUUACUACCACAGCCCUCCCGAGCAAUCUAUUGUGUCGGCCGGAUCUGAUGUGAAAGUCAAACUCUCUUACGCGUUUUCUUUGGUUAUAAUUUUUGCUCUUUACUUAUAAGACAGAUAAUUGUAACAUCAAGACACCCUCAGAUCUUUGUAAGGAAGAACACUAUGCAUGAGAGAUCUUUUAUUAUUC